GGAUACUAAGUCAACUUCUUGUCCAACUUUGGUGGCCUCGCGACCGAGGUUUUUCGCGAUUUUGACUCCUCUUCCGCCAGCUCCGUUCUUAGUACCACAUCUAUAGCACAACAACUAUUGCCUUGCUCUCAUCAUGAGCUUCAAAGGCUUCCAAAAGAGCCUCACCCGGGCUCCGCAACAAUUCAAGCAAAAGUUCAACAUCGGCGAGCAUACCAAAGAUGCCGUCUAUAUCGACGCCGAACGACGCUUCCAGGAACUCGAAACCGAGACCAAAAAACUCCACGAUGAAUCCAAGAAGUACUUUGAGUCCAUCAAUGGCAUGCUCACCCACCAGAUCGAGUUCAGUCAGGCCAUGACCGAAGUUUACAAGCCAAUCUCGGGCCGUAUGUCGGACCCCGACUCGAUCAAGUUUGAAGGAAACCCCGAAGGCAUCCGUGCCUGCGAAGAAUACGAAGCUGUUGUCAAGGACUUGCAAGAAACGUUGGCACCCGAGUUGGAAAUGAUAGAGUCUAGGAUUAUCCGUCCCGCCAACGAGUUGCUCGACGUCAUCAAGGUGAUACGCAAGAGCGCCCUUAAGCGUGAACAUAAACGACUUGACUAUGACCGACAUCGUACGACCCUCAAGAAGCUCCAGGACAAGAAAGAACGCACUGCCAAGGACGAAAAGGCAAUGUGGAAGGCCGAGGGAGAUGUUGAGCAGGCUACGCAGGAGUUUAACUACUUCAACGACCUGCUCAAGGACGAGCUUCCAAAGCUGUUCCAGCUCGAGCGUGAGUUCAUCCAGCCUCUGUUCCAGUCCUUCUACUACAUGCAGCUCAACAUUUUCUACACUUUACACGAGAAGAUGCAGAACUGCGACAUUGGUUACUUUGACUUGACACUUGACAUCGAGGAUGCUUUCCACGAGAAGCGCGGCGACAUUCAAGAACAAACAGAGGCUUUGUCCAUCUGCCGAUUCAAGACAACUGGUCGUCCACGACCUAUGCGAUACGGAGCAAAGCCUGCCCUCGAAGGUCCUAAGCAGCCCGCACUCCUCACACAAGGCGGCGAAGACUCCAAGCCUUCAAGCAGUGCAGUCACCAGCCCAAAGAUCGGUGGCUGGCAGCGUCCAGCCUCGACCGCAAACGACUCGGCCGCUCCUCCCCCUUACACGCCCCCUACAGGUGCCAACGCAGGCCUAGCAGCCAUCGCUGCUGGCAAGAAGAAGCCCCCGCCUCCCAAGCCUAAGCCCAAGCCUAUGCGCUUGACAGCUCCAGGGGUGGAGACUGUCACGGCUCUCUACGACUAUGCCGCACAAGCCGAGGGAGAUCUAAGCUUCCGAACUGGCGAUGUUAUUGAGAUUGUUACAAGAACACAGAAUGAAAACGAGUGGUGGAUUGGACGAUUACAAGGCAAAGAGGGCCAGUUCCCAGGCAAUUAUGUUCAACUCAACAGCUGAAGGGAUAAUCAUUGAAACCGCGAUAACACUUUCACCACCCCGAUGCCAUAACAUGAAGCGAACCAUCCCACCAAAACUCGCCCACAAUAGACGCUCAUAAUUUCAGAUGGUAGCAUCACUGGGGGUGGAUCUCAAAGGGGGCUAUGGCGCAUCAUGUGAAGCGAAGCAUAACAGUCCAAGUGGAGUAGACGGAGCAGCAGGUCUUCCUGCUUGCUCAAGGUCCUGGAAACGAGAACCUAGAUUCUUCCAAUUCUGGAGAUACAAGGAGCCUGUGUGGCUAGGGAGAUGGAGCAUUUCUGGCGUUAUGGAUAUGGUUCUUGCUUGUCUGUAGAAGCAGAUAACACAAUUAGUAUUGUAUU